AUGGCCUUCUUAUCAGUAAGCUUUAUAUUUAAGUUUACUCGUUCAGCUGCGAUUCAUGAUCACGCCGCCGUCUUAGGUUGCACUGUAGACACAGUUCGCAAGAGUGCCAUCGACUGGUUCCACGGGGCGCGAGACGGAUACGGUGGCAGAGAAAAACGUUCAAACAAUAGUACGAAGGUAAAUUAAUUGCCUUGAGUCGUUCUAACUUACUUCCAGCUUCUCGUCUGCAUCAUUACGGCCGCACCUUACCUAGCGAUGUCCCCGUCCGAAGACCCCGCUAGCACGCCUUAUAUCUUUAAAACCUGCUUAUAUUCAAACUACUCAACUUCAUGCAACCUUGCACACUAAAAUAUACUACUAAAAGCAGUACUUCAGUAGUAUGUCUAUUUACCGUCAAAUUAUUAGUACAUCCUGCUUUCCUUUCUUGUAGGAACCCGCUACCGAUACGGACGCCUAUGCUCAGUAG